CCCCCCGCGCCAUGGCGGCCACCUACCGGAAAGCGGCCAAGGCCGGGCAGCGGGAGCACUGGGAGCGCGGACAGCCCCGGUUCCGCAGGCAGCUGGGCCUCCUGGAGAAGAAGAAGGAUUACAAGUGCCGAGCCGAUGACUAUCACAAGAAAGAGAAUGCGCUCAAAGCACUUCACAAGAAAGCCCUGGAGAAAAAUCCUGAUGAGUUUUAUUUUAAAAUGACCCGUGUGCAGCUCCAGGAUGGAGUUCAUGUAAUUAAGCAGCCAAAGGAAGAGGUGACCCAGGAACAGCUGAAGGUGAUGAGGACACAGGAUCUCAAAUAUGUAGAAAUGAAAAGAGUGGCAGAGGCCAAGAAAAUCGAAAGGAUGAAAUCAGAGCUCCACCUGCUGGAUGCUCAGGGGACGCAAUCAAACAAGCACGUGUUCUUUUUUGAUACCAAAAAAGAAGUUCAAGAAUUUGAUGUUGCAACUCACCUGAACACAUCCCCAGAGCUAGUGGACAGAGUGUAUAACCGACCUACCAUUGAAACCCUGCAGAAGGAAACAGUAAAAGGAGCCACUCACCCUGCCCAUUUAAAGAAAUUAGCCCAGCAAAGGAAGCACCAGUACAGCCUCCUGAAACAGCGCAUUGAGCGUGAAAAGAUGAUGUUUGUUAUUGCUCAGAAAAUCCAGGCACGCAAAGAUCUCUUGGUGAGGGAGCAAAGACUUAACUCUUGUUUUUUGGACUCUGCUUGCUGAGGGUCUUACUGCUGAGAACAGGUUGCGUGCGGGACAAAACUUCCAAAGUGAAGGUGAAGAAAGAAACCGUAAAUAGCCCAGCUGUUUACAAAUUCAAAUUCCAACGGAAACGUUAAUUUUUCUGUGCAAUAGUUUUUGACGUCCUCGUGUAGAUCUAAUUGACAUAACGAAUAUGUUUCUUGUGGAGAAGUGCUGGUAUUUUGUCAGUAUCAGGCUUACUUCCACUGCAGUUCAAUGUUUUGUCAAAGUAAGCCUUAUGGGUAUUUGUAUCUAUAACACCUAUUUAAUAAAUCCAAGAUUUCUGCUUCA